AGAACCCCUGGGGCCUCGCAGCGUUGUGUCAGAGCCAGCAGCUGCCGCAGGAGGUUGGGGAGCCAUCGGAGCUGCCCCCUUGGGUCCAACUGGCGCCAGAGUCGGACCCACUCACCCCGCCUCUCUGCCGCCUUCACCGCCGCCCUCUCCAUGCCGGCCGGCUCACAGCCCACGGGCUCCGUUUUCUCCCCCAUCCAGCCCCUCGGCUUCCCGCCGUUCGGGGAGGCGCAAGCCGGCGGAGUAUGAUGGGAAGGUGGCCUGGGAGGCCUAUGUUGCCCAGUUUGAGAUGCUAGCUGCUGCCCAGGGCUGGGACGAGGCUGAGAAGGCGCUACAGUUGGCAACAGCGCUUCGGGGCCCGGCUGUGGAAGUGCUGGGGCACCUGCCGCCGGCCCAACGUGCCUCUUACGGGAGCAUGGCGGAGGCCCUGCGGCGACGUUUCGGGCACCACCUUCAGGCCGAGGUGUACCGAGCUCGCCUGAAGAAGCGGACUCGGGAACGCGGCGAGACACUGUCGCAGCUGGCGCAGGACGUGGAAGCGCUGGUCAGAAGGUCGUAUCCUGCUGCCCCGGAAGAGAUGAUCGUGGUGCUGGCCCGCGAUUUCUUUGUUGACGCUCUGCACGACCAGCAGCUGCAGAUUUACGUUAAGCAGGCGCACCCUGGGGACCUGCAGGUGGCGCUGGCGAGGGCCUUGGAAUUCGAGGCCUUCCUGAAGACGACCAGCGGCCUAGGGGCGGCCCCCCAGCCCCGCCGUGACCUCCGGGGCCGGAAGGCGAAGGUGGAGAAGAAGGCGACGUCGAGGAAGGCAAGCCCGGACGGUUUUCUCGGCUCGUGUUGGGGCUGUGGCAAGAAGGGGCACAUGCGCAGUCGUUGUCCGAGGGAGCGAAGGACGCGUUCCCUUGACCGACUGAGUUCCGACGCCUUUCAGCCUUGCUGCAAGGACUGUGGCAAGUCUGGCCACCGUUCGAGCGCCUGCCCCAAGCCAAAGGAGGUAGUGCAGGCGGGAAACCCGGACAGGCUGGAGAAGGGGGCCGAAUCCCAGCCGUCAGUCCCCGGGCCCCGACUUGCGUAAGCUGCCGCCGGAUAACCAGUGCGAUGCAGGUGGAGGGCUCAGUGGACGGGAAGCCAUGCCGCCUGACAGUGGACACCGGGGCUGAGAAGACCUUGGUGCGGCCUGAUAUGCUGGCCGCCACGCGACUCCCAGACGCGCCACAGAGGCUGUGCGGUGUGC